UUCAAUCUCGUUUAACAACUUAGUGGCAAUUCUGCCGGUGAGUGAACCACUUGCAUGUGAUAAUAUUGUGCUUGACGGUGAUUACGAAGUAGCGAGCAUACAGAACGUAAGAACCAGAAACACGUUAUCGCAAAUCUAUAACAAUUCAACUAUUUUUGGAUUAUCUAACAUUCAAGUACAAGUACAAGUAAGAGAUACCUUAAGAGAUACCCUAAAACCUACAAAGAGCUUCUUUUAUACAAACAUGGAAAAACACAUGCACACUAGAGGUGCCAAACAAUCGAUGGCACGACUGAACUAUCGAUGGUUCUAUGUCUCGAUAGUGGACGAUAAUAUCGUCAAAGGUUUUGGUGUUGGCACUGCUGGGGAAAUGGAAACGUUUUUAAAUGGCAAGGACAAUGGCGAGGAUUGCGACGCGGAUAAAAAUAACGGAGAGGAUGAGAUACCACGCAAGAGGACCAAAUAUGGUAUCUCUGGGGUGUGGUAUUAUUUUAAGAAGUGUGCGGAUGGCAAGUCUGCCAAAUGUACAAAAUGUGGCCAAAUAUUCCAAACAAGUGGUAAUACCACAAAUUUGUCUGCUCACUUAAAACGGAAACAUCGCAAUUUGAGCCCCACUGAAGAGCCGAAGGCUGCAGGCCCUAUCCUAACACUUCUUCAAACAAAAUAUGAUGCCUCAUCAGCCAGGAAAAAAUUACUGGACAGUGCGCUUACAUCGUAUAUUACAUCAGAUCUUCGCCCAUACUGAUUCGGCAUUUCGUUGAAAUUCCUGAUCCACGCUACCAGCUGCGAAGAACAUUGCGCGAUGUCUACAUUCCAAAGCUGUUCAUGGAAAUGAAACAGAAAUUGCACGAAAUUCUUGAUCAGAUUGAGUUCUGCGCUGUUACUACUGAUGGGUGGACCUCAAGAGCGAAUGAAAGCUAUUUUUUAGAACAGUACCUUUGCUUAAGCAAAAUUCAGAGACGCUCAAAAUAAGGAUAACCCACUCAGCUUAAAACAAGAAUGCCCAACAAGAUGGAACAGUGUCUAUCACAUGGUGCAAAGAUUUUUAGAAACCACAGAUGCCACUUGUAAGGUGUUACUCAACACUCUAAAGGCAUUAUUGCCCUUAUCUGCUGAUGAAAUUGCCAUUCUGGAAAACCUGGAAAAGGUUUUGUCUCCUUUUGAACACACGACUGUGGUCACCGUGUCGGUGGUCAUUCCUGUAUGCUGUGGCCUUCUUCAUAGUCUUGAAAAUCUCAAAGGCAAGCUAGCUACUGAGGAGGGUCAGCUUGCUGUUGCGAGUUUAAUAAACGGAAUAAAAGACAGACUACUUAAGUACGAGUCGCGCUCGAAUACGAGAAUGGCAACAGUCCUGGACCCCCGUUUUAAGAGGGAUGGAUUUUUACCCCCGUUUAACGUAAGCGAAGCGGAGAAAUUUUUAGAGAACGAACUCAUUAUGGUCAAAGCAUUGUCUGAGCUUCGUCCAUCUUCCUCCAACCUGCCAGCACCAAAACCAACAGACCAACACCACCCACUUUUCGACUUUCUUCAAAAGAAAAAAUCUGAAAAAAUUCGAAAAAGUCGAGUUGACUCAAUACUAGGACUGAAGCAAUAUUUCAACAUGGACAAUCUCCAUUGGACUACUGGAAGAUCUCAACUGACAACGCAUUUAAAAGAUGCGUGAAAAAGUUCUUGUCUGUCCCAACAACAUCCACAGAGAGUGAACGAAUGUUCAGCAAAGCUGGACAUAUCGCAAACCAAACAAGUAAGAAGGCUCUAGUCGAGACUGCUCGACUAGGAGAUACCCUGAACCCUCUAAGCUGAUAUUCUA